UGACGCGCAAAUACAGACCCAUAAUAUUAAUCACAGCUCCAAUGGCUUCAACUCCAUCAUCAGCUACAGAGGCAGAGGCAGAGACCAAACCCUUGUCAGUACUCUUUGUGUGCCUUGGCAACAUCUGCAGAAGCCCAGCCGCUGAGGCUGUCUUCACUCACUUAGUCAACAAAAGGGGCCUCGAUUCCAACUUCAUCAUUGAUUCUGCCGGUACAAUUGGUUACCAUGAGGGUAAUGAAGCAGACCCACGAAUGAGGGCUGCUGCUAAAAGGCGUGGAAUUCAUAUAACUUCGAUUUCGAGGCCAAUUCGACCGGCUGAUUUCAGAGAUUUCGAUCUCAUUCUUGCAAUGGACAAGAAAAACAGAGAUGACAUACUUAAAGCUCUGGAGAGGUGGAAGUUGAGAGGGAACUUACCUGCUGAUGCGCAUAAAAAGGUUCAGUUAAUGUGUUCAUAUUGUAAGAAGCAUGAUGAAAGUGAAGUUCCUGAUCCUUACUAUGGCGGACCACAAGGUUUUGAGAAGGGUCAAGAAACGUGGCAUGAGACUGGCUUUCAUCAAUGUGUAGAGUACCGUGUCAUGAAAUUGUUCUCGAUUUACUUGAAGAUGCUUGUGAAUCACUAUUGGACAGCAUUUUGGCAGAGAACAGUAACAUUUCAGAUUCUCAGAGCCUCGGUGGAAGCUGCUGAUGGAUUCAAUUUUCAGGCUCCUGUUUCUGGAAUGAAUAUUCAUUACUGUGCUAAUGCAUGGAAUGUGUCAUCUGCUUCUUGGAACUUUAGGAUGAAUGGCCCAAGACUGUAUCAUAUGAUCUGUGUAAAAAUAACCGAAUUUGGUCCAAGAUUUGAGUCAUCAUGGAACUUUCAAAACUUAGGCUUUCAUUGAAUCAAAAUGCUUGUGUGGUCGAGGACAGAAGCAUCCUACUAAAUUCUCUCAUUGUACUUGUUGAACCUAAGUUAGCCAUCAUGUCAAGAAUCAUUUUGGGGUUUUUUCAAACCUUGGUGAAUAAUGAUCUACAAGUUUAUUGACUUGGCUAA